AUGGCUGGUGCCAAGGACAAUGCCCUGAGGAUCAUGCUGGUUGGGAGGAUGGAAAGUGGAAAAAGUGUGACUGCAAACACCAUCCUUGGGGAACAAGUAUUCGACUCUAAGAUUCCUGCCCAAUUUAUUACCAAAAGUUGUCAGGAAGCAUGCCAGAAAUGGAAGGGGAGAGACCUUCUCAUUAUUGAUACCCCAGGGCUCUUCUACACAAAGGAGAGCCAGAAAGCUAUCUUAAAUGAAAUUAAAGAAUAUCUCUUUACCUCCCACCACGGACUCCACGCCAUCAUUUUGGUCAUACAGCUGGGCUGCUACACACAGGAAGAGCAGCAAACCGUGGCAUUGAUCAAGAAUCUGUUUGGGGAAGCAGCCAUGAAGUACAUGAUCAUCUUGUUCACUCACAAAGAGGACAAGAGCCUGAGGGACUAUGUGAGGGAGCUGAAAAAGCUACAAAGCCUCAUCAAGGAGUGUGGAGACCGAUACUGUGUCUUCAGUAACAGGACAGACCAGGCUGAGAAGGAAGCUCAGGUGCAGGAGCUGGUGGAGCUGAUAGACAAGAUGGUACAGGACAACCAAGGAGCUUACUUUACCAACCCUGCACACAAGGGCACGGAGCUGACUUGCCCACACUGUACAGCUAAUGUCCAGUACAAAACUCUGAGGAUCGUGCUGGUCGGGAAGACCAGAAGUGGGAAAAGUGCGACGGCCAACACCAUCCUCGGGGAAAAAGUAUUCGAGUCUAAGAUUGCUGCCGAAGCUGUUACUAAAGAUUGUCAGAAAGCAUCCCGGAAAUGGAAAGGGAGAGAGCUUCUUGUUGUUGACACCCCAGGGCUCUUCAACACCAAGGAGAGCCUGAAGACGACCUGCAGGGAAAUCUCCCGAUGUGUCCUCGCCUCCUGUCCCGGGCCGCAUGCCAUCGUCUUGGUCCUGAGGCUGGGCCGCUACACACAGGAAGAGCAGCAAACCGUGGUGAUGGUCAAGAAUCUGUUUGGGGAAGCAGCCCUGAAGUACAUGAUCAUCUUGUUCACUCACAAAGAGGAGCUGGAGGACCUGAGCCUGAGCGACUUUUUGGAGAAUGCGGAUGUAAACCUACGAAGCCUCAUCAAGGAUUGUGGAGAGCGCUGCUGUGCCAUCAGUAACAGCAAAAACACAGACCAGGCUGAGAAGGAAGCUCAGGUGCAGGAGCUGGUGGAGCUGAUAGACAAGAUGGUACAGGACAACCAAGGAGCUUACUUUACCAACCCUGCACACAAGGGCACAGAGCUGACUUGCCCACACUGUACAGCUAAUGUCCAGUACAAAACUCUGAGGAUCGUGCUGGUUGGAAAGACCGGAAGUGGGAAAAGUGCGACUGCAAACACCAUCCUCGGGGAAAAGGUAUUCGAGUCUAAGAUUGCUGCCGAAGCUGUUACUAAAGAUUGUCAGAAAGCAUCCCGGAAAUGGAAGGGGAGAGAACUAAUUGUUGUUGACACCCCAGGGCUCUUCGACACCAAGGAGAGCCUGAACACGACCUGCAGGGAAAUCUGCCGAUGUGUCCUCGCCUCCUGUCCCGGGCCGCAUGCCAUCGUCUUGGUCCUGAGGCUGGGCCGCUACACACAGGAAGAGCAGCAAACCGUGGAGUUGGUCAAGGCUUUGUUUGGGGAAGCAGCCCUGAAGUAUAUGAUCAUCUUAUUCACUCGCAAAGAGGAGCUGGAGGACCAGAGCCUGAGUGACUUUUUGGAGAAUGCGGAUGUAAACCUACGAAGCCUCAUCAAGGAUUGUGGAGAGCGCUGCUGUGCCAUCAGUAACAGCAAAAACACAGACCAGGCUGAGAAUGAAGCUCAGGUGCAGGAGCUGGUGGAGCUGAUAGAGAACAUGCUGCAGAACAACCAAGGGACUUACUUUUCUGAUGCCAUAUACAAGAACACAGUGGAAAGACUGAGGAGGCGGGAAGAAGUCUUGAAGGAAAUCUAUCAUGAUCAAUUAAAAACAGAUAUCCAAAAAGUAGAAAUGAAGUGUUCUCAGGCAUGCCAAAAUAGGAUGCAGGAAAAAGAGAGAAAAAUUCAGUUACUAAAGAUGGAAUAUGCAGAAAAACUAAGAAAUGCUAGGGAGGAGGCCCGAAACAGUAUCUUCAGAGAUAAACAAGAUGGAAAUAUGAAUUUUCCUUCAAGAAUAAGUAAUUGGUUUAAGAAGUAA